ACCUUGACACAGCAAUUUCCUCGUAACCUGGACUCAACUGUCAGGCGGUAACGUUUCUCCCAACAAACCUAACUUAUCUCAUAUUUAACAGUUUUCUUGAAUCGUGAAUCUUCUCCGUUUCUCCCACAGACACCAGCAGUUCAAACUGGUUUUAACCGGUGUACGCUGGUUUUGUGGCCGCGGUGCGCGUGUUGUUGUUGUCAGCGUGUCUCCAACUGAAACCAGUCGUCCAGAUGCUUUCCCCGUGCAGGACCGUCACAUCCCUGCUGCUCAGGCCGGCCUCGAGGCUUCCUCUCCGGCUGGGCUCUGAUGGUAGAGCCGCCAGCUCUCUGCCGAAAGAGAUGAUAAAGAAAUAUGAACUGGAGAAAGAUGAGUGCCGCCCCCUCUACAUGGACUUCCAGGCAACCACGCCCAUGGACCCCCGGGUGCUGGACGCCAUGUUGCCCUUCCAGGUGAAUUACUAUGGUAACCCUCACUCCAAGACACACGCCUACGGCUGGGAGAGCGAGAGCGCCAUGGAGACGGCCAGGAAGCAGGUGGCAGAUCUGAUCGGAGCAGAUCCCAGAGAGAUCAUCUUCACCAGCGGAGCCACCGAGUCCAACAACAUGGCUAUCAAGGGCGUGGCCAGGUUCUACAAGACCAAGAAGCGUCAUGUGAUCACCACGCAGACGGAGCAUAAAUGUGUUCUGGACUCGUGUCGAGUUCUGGAGUCCGAAGGCUUCAGCAUCACCUACCUGCCAGUCAUGCCGAACGGACUGCUGGACCUGGAGCUGUUGGAGGCCUCCAUCCGUCCCGACACCUCUCUGUUGUCAGUGAUGACCAUCAACAACGAGAUCGGAGUCGAGCAGCCCAUCAAGGAGAUUGGUCAGAUUUGUCGCUCUAAAGGAGUCUUCUUCCACACUGACGCCGCUCAGGCUGUCGGAAAGAUUCCCGUCAAUGUCACGGACAGCAAGAUUGAUCUGAUGUCCAUCAGCGGCCACAAGCUCUACGGACCCAAAGGUGUGGGCGCUUUGUACGUGCGUCGUCGUCCCCGUGUGCGCUUGGAGCCGCUGCAGAACGGGGGCGGGCAGGAGAGGGGGCUGCGCUCCGGCACCGUCCCCACCCCACUGGCUGUUGGGCUGGGAGCCGCCUGCAGCAUCGCACAGUACGAGUUGGAGUAUGAUCAUCGCAGAGUGUCCAUGCUGGCUAAUCGUCUGGUCCAGAAGAUCAUGUCUGAGCUUCCUGACGUCAUCAUGAACGGAGAUGCAGAACGACGCUACCCUGGCUGUGUCAACCUGUCCUUUGCGUAUGUGGAGGGAGAGAGUCUGUUGAUGGCGCUGAAGGAUGUCGCUCUGUCAUCUGGGAGCGCAUGUACGUCAGCGUCUCUGGAGCCAUCGUACGUCCUCAGAGCGAUCGGAACAGAUGAAGACUUGGCUCACUCGUCCAUCAGGUUUGGUAUUGGCAGGUUCACCACAGAAGAAGAAGUGGACUACACAGCAGAGAAAUGUAUCCACCAGGUCAACAGGCUCCGAGAGAUGAGUCCUCUGUGGGAGAUGGUUCAAGAAGGCAUCGAUCUGAAGAGCAUCAAGUGGACGCAGCACUAGACUCCUCCCACUUCCUGUUUACUUCCUGGCUGAUGACGAUGGCGAUUGAUUCCCAGUGAACUCUUGGGAAUGCAUUAGCUUUUCCUUCCCGUAAACAAACACGCACAAACUUCCUGUCUGACUUGAAGUCUGUUUGUAACUAUAGCUUCGUGGCUCCGUAGCAGAUCCUCUCGUCGCUGUCUGGAGAUGUUGUUUUCGGAGCGUUGACCAACACAAACUCAACUUGUUGUAUGUCGUUCUGUGUCCUGUAUCACAAAGUCAGUUCAUCUUAGUCUCUGGGGAAAUUAUAUUACUGAGCCAAGCAAGCAAAACUUUAUUCGUAUAUUUCAUACAAGGUGGAAACACGAUGUGCUGCACAUUUUAGUUGGGAAGUUGCAGCCAUUAAAACAUUAUACAUAAGAAAACACAAUUAAAACAGACCCGUAAAUAAUACUUGUGAGUUAAGACCAUUAAGAAGUAGAAAUACAAAUUAAAAUAAUUGAGAUAUAUAUUAAUUAAAAUCCUCAGAAAAGUAAGAAUAAAAUAAUAAUCAAGACCAACAAACUACUGAAGCAGCAAAGUGUCAUUCAUAUAUCAAACAAUCACACUAAAACUAAACUGUGGUAGGAUGAAAUAUUGAAAGUAAGGCUGUAAAUCAUUGUGGGACUCUGCUUACUUGUCUCUUUAUUGUUAUCUCAGUACUUUUGAAAUGAUUACUCAUGUGUCCAGUGAUCUGAUUGGUCAGUAUUGGACUGUUGAUGUGUUUUGAUCUGAUCUUCUGAAGUGAACUUACUUUGAAGCCGGUUAGGCCGCAGCGGAGGUUACAAUAGUGAGCCAGUUCUGUGAUUUCAACACAAAGAUAUGCAGCUAAUCUCCCUUUGUGAUACAGGCUCUUGUUAGGUUGCUGAGCAGGAACAAAGCAGGAACCGUGUUACUUUAGCGAGGCUGAACUGAAGGCAGCAGACCUGGAGUUUACUGAGCUGCAUGAUACACUUUCCUCUCCGUCUCAGAACUGUCUUACUGUUUUUCGUUCCCUUCUCGUGUCCGUUUUUUAGUAUUCAAUAAACCGCAGCAUCAUGUCAGUUCAUCAGCACUGUUCAUAGUGUUUGCAGUCGCAGUUUGAUUGUUUUGUUAAGGCCUGAACACUUUACAAGACUGAGCCUUGAUUCGACGGCUAAUUUUCAAGAUGCAAUGUCACAUACUGACUGAGACCAACGUGUGUCUGACUUUGAAACACAAAAAUCGGAACAAUUCAGUUGAUAACUUCGGUUCUUCGCACCCUGAGAGGCGAUUUAGAGAUUUGUAUUGUGUUCCUGGAUGUUCCUGACACAUUUAUUCAGCUCCAUCUACUUCUACUGUUGCUCUCAUUAUAUACAUUAUUAUCCAAUAAAGUGCUGCUUCAUGGUUAUGCAAUAAA